GUUCUGGUGACUAGACUGUCGAACUUUGCAAUAUCACUGUUCAGAGGGUAGUUCCCCUUCUAGGUGCUAGAAGUGGAUCCAAGCGCAUAGCUUCCCGGUUAAGUCAUGUACUCGGAUACUUCCGUAUUUAUUGCUGCUUCUUUUCAACCCGGUUGCUAGCGGAUUGAAGCCGACUCACAAGGGCUUAAGCUCUGCAGCUACUUUCCAGGCAGGAUCUCGGUAAAAUAGUUUAUCAGUGAAUGGUAAUUAAUUUCUUCUACCUUCCUCUCCGACCGCGACAGGCUCAGCUAUCAUGUUAAGAAGGAGAAAUGGAUAGCUAACAAUCUCUUGAUGCGGAGAAGUGGAGUCGUGAGGGGCAUUGAUAAGUUAUCGCUACAGUUACAGUUACAUCUGCCCCUUGCAUUGACCUUCUUUCUCUCUCAUUUCCCUUUCUCCCACUCUUUCUUUCUAUUCUCUUUCUAUUCUCUUUCUAUCUAUUCAUCCACUGGCCUAAGAUGUAUCGUCCCACCACCGGCUCCAGCCUCGACUCGCUCGACACCCCGUCGAUGAUCGUCGACCUCGACCUGAUGGAAGCCAACAUCCAGAACCUCUUCUCCACGCUGCUCCCCACAGGCCGCAACAUCCGCCCGCACCUGAAAACAACAAAGAGCGCCAUCCUCGCCCGCAGACUCGUCGCCGCUGGCGCAAAGGGCUGCUGCGUCGCUAAAGUCUCUGAAGCAGAAGCAAUCACCGCAGCGGGGUUCGACGAUAUACUUAUUACUUGUGAGAUUGUCGGAAAACCCAAGGUCGCCCGACUGGUUGAGCUGUUUAAGAAACACAAGGGGAUCAGGAUUGUCGUGGAUAGCGAGAUUGGGGCAUCUGGGAUUGAGGCCGCGCUUGCUGAAUCGGGGAUUGAUGGGAGGAUUGAUGUGUUAGUAGAUGUGGAUGUUGGAUUGAAUCGCACUGGUGUGGCUCCAAAGAACGCUUUGAGUCUUGCGAAGCAUAUCGCUACCCUCCCGCAUCUGCAUCUGAUCGGUGUACAAGGGUAUGAAGGGCAUUUGCAGCAUUUGCAUGACCGGGAAGACCGGCGAGCGCAGUGUCUCGAGUCGAUGCGGAUUCUAACAAGUACUGCGGAGGAACUACGCAACGCGGGUUUCACUAUCGAGGUUGUUACGACCGGAGGCACGGGGACGGCAGAGUUCUGCGCGACUGUGCCUGGCAUUACAGAGCUACAGCCCGGGUCGUUUAUUUUCAUGGAUACGGACUAUCGGAAUGCGGUGGGGACGUUUUAUUCGAAUAGUUUGACUAUUCUGUCUACGGUUGUUAGUCGGCAGGGUGAGCGGAAGGUUACCAUUGAUGCUGGGCUGAAGUCUCUCACGACGGAUAGUGGUCUGGCGGAGUGUAAGGACCGGAGGUACAAGCAUGAGAAUCUGGGUGACGAGCAUGGGUCGUUGACUUGGGAGGAGGGGGCUCCUAAGCUGAAUGUUGGUGAUAGGGUUGAGAUGGUUCCGAGUCAUAUUGACCCGACUAUCAACCUGCAUGACGUUUACUACGCGCAUCGGAAGGGUGUUAUUGAGGAAAUCUGGCCGGUGGAUUCCAGGGGGCGGGUGCAGUGAUACAUUAAUGGAAUGCAUCUAGAGUUAUUUUUAGGCCACACACUUGCAUCUGCCAAGUUAACAUACCGUAUUCAGUUCCAUCUAUCUAGAUGCCUUGGGCGUUAUACCCCCACGUGGGAUAUAAUCGGUAAUCCUCCGACACGGGGAAAUCAUCUCUCCGCAUUUGGGGCGUGGGGGUAACCUGGAGAAUUCAUGUAUUACUGUAAUCUAUUCGGUCAUGGCGUAUACUAAGGAUGAAUAUAUGGAAAGCCAAUACAGAGUAGUUUAGAGCAGCAAUGUACACUGUAGAUAUAUUCCGGGUUACAAUGCUUAGUAUGACACUCGCAUUGAAUCAUUACUG